CUCCCUCAUUUGCUCUGUCCUCAGUUUGAACCCGUGGCUUAUUUCCCUAUAUAAACCAAGGUCACGGACAACUUCUGUUCACAGCUUAUCUUUAACAUCAACUUUGAGAACCCAAAAACCGGAGAUGGGGUUUUGUUUCCAGGCCCUCAUCUCUGCAUUCCUUCAUGUCCUGCUCUUGGUGUCUUUGGAGCAAGCAAGAGCAGGGCAAUUCCACAAUGUGAGCAGUUUGAGUAGGAAGCAAGUGAGCGGUGGGUGCAAUUUGUUCCAAGGACAAUGGGUGUUUGAUGCUUCUUAUCCUCUCUAUGAUUCUUCGAGCUGCCCCUUCAUAGACCCAGAGUUCGAUUGCCAAAAGUAUGGCAGACCCGAUAAACAGUACCUCAAGUAUGCUUGGAAACCUGACAACUGUGACUUACCCAGGUUUGAUGGGAUAGAAUUUCUGAGGAGGUGGGGAGGGAAGAAGAUAAUGUUCGUGGGCGACUCGCUGAGUCUGAACAUGUGGGAAUCGUUGACGUGUAUGAUUCACGCGUCGGUGCCCAAUACAAAAACAUCCUUCACGAGGAAAGACUCACUGUCUUCUGCGACUUUCCAGGAAUUUGGUGUCACUUUGCAUCUAUACCGUUCACCAUACCUUGUUGAUAUAAUUAGAGAAGACGUUGGCCGAGUGCUGACGCUGGAUUCAAUCCAGGGCGGGAAGGCAUGGAAUGGGAUGGACAUGCUGGUCUUCAACACGUGGCAUUGGUGGACCCACACGGGAGGAUCUCAACCGUGGGAUUAUAUAAGGGAAGGGACAAACUUGUACGAAGAUAUGGACCGUCUCACUGCAUUUUAUAAAGGGCUCACCACUUGGGCCAAUUGGGUCGACCUCAAUGUUGUUCCUACCAAAACCAAGGUUUUCUUCCAGGGCAUCUCUCCUACCCAUUAUCUGGGCGCAGAGUGGAAUCGGCCCAAAAAGAAUUGUGAUGGAGAAGUCGAGCCAAUAUCUGGGUCAACCUAUUCGGCCGGUGCACCUCCAGCCGUCGGUGUGGUGAACGAAGUGUUAAGUAAGAUUAAGAAACCUGUUUACUUGCUUGACAUAACAACAUUGUCACAGUUGAGAAAGGAUGCACACCCUUCCUCAUACAGUGGUGAGCAUCCCGGCAUGGACUGCAGCCACUGGUGCCUUCCUGGACUCCCUGAUACUUGGAACCAACUACUGUACGCAGCUGAUCUUGUCGUGUGAAAGCUAACAUAGCACAUCGAUUUUAGUGAUCUUUUCAAAUCAUUUUUUUUUUUUUUUGUAAUUGUUUGGGGGAUCAGAAUAAAAGGGGGGCAAAGGUCAAUUGUAAAGUAAUUGGUUGUCUUAACCACGUGUAUCUCUCUUUUCUGCUUCAGUAUCUUUCUCCAAAAAUUUGUUUUGGAUAACAAUCAGCUCUUGAAGUUGUCUCAUUUUAUGGUCCACAAAGGUGAGACAAAAAUUGAUU